AUGGCCUCUGGGGUGGCUGUCUCAGAUGGGGUGAUUAAGGUGUUCAACGACGUGAAGGUUCACAAGUCCUCGACACCUGAGGAGGUGAAGAAGCGCAAGAAGGCCGUGCUGUUCUGCCUGAGCGAGGAUAAGAAGAACAUCGUGCUGGAGGAGGGCAAGGAGAUCCUGGUGGGUGACGUGGGGCAGACUGUAGAUGACCCCUAUACUACCUUUGUCAAUAUGCUGCCAGACAAGGACUGCUGCUACGCCGUCUACUAUGCCACCUACAAGACCAAGGAGAUCAAGAAGGAGGACCUGGUGUUCAUCUUCUGGGCCCCCGAGUGUGCCCCUCUCAAGAGCAAAAUAAUCUAUGUGAGCCCCAAGGACGCCAUCAAGAAGAAACUGACAGGAAUCAAACAUGAAUUACAAGCCAACUGUUACGAGGAAGUGAAGGACCGCUGUACCCUGGCUGAGAAACUGGGGGGCAAUGCCGUGAUUUACCUGGAGGGGAAGCCCUUGUGAGUCUCCCACCUCCAGCUCCCCUGCUGGGGCCACCCAAGCCCAGUUGGGGAGCAGGCUGCCCCCUUCCUGCCAGGCCUGAGGGGCUGGGGGGAUCCUAGCAGGAGCAGGGCGAUCCCUUCACCCAUUUGCCAAACCACCCCCAACCCCUGACCUCCCUCACUUCAACCCAAUGGCUC